AUGCCCUCGGCCGUCUCCAUUGAACAAGAAACCUACCACUCAUCCUCCUCCAAGCAAGAAUACCUAGACGCCUGCCAAGCACAGGCACCGUCAACACGGACGCGAGAAGCUCCCGUCUCAGCCGGCCAUCAUGACCCCGACGUCCCGGGCAUCCCCAUCGGCCCCCACCCCAACUGCCACCCCAUAGCAUCGGGCAUAACAUCUCAAGUAUACCGGGCCGGCAGCACAGCCCUGAAAGUCAUCGUUGCCCAUACCGAGCCUCACAACCCUCAGCGCGAGGUCCGCAUCCUCGAGUCCCUCCGGGGGACGAGGUCCAUCAUACAGCUCCUAGACGCCUUUCGCGACGCAGAGUCGCAGCUCGUCUUGGCCUUCCCCUACAUGCCCCUGACCCUAGCCGACGUGAUUGCCCGGGGAACGCCGGCACGCCCCCAGGUCGUCUCCAUCGUGGCCGACGUGCUGCGCGCUCUGUCCCACAUCCACUCUCUGGGAAUCAUCCACCGCGACGUCAAGCCUUCGGCCGUGCUGCUCGAGUCCCCCUCCGGCCCGGCUCAUCUGUCUGAUUUCGGAACAGCCUGGCACCCAGAGUACUCGUCUGCCAAGGAGCCUGCCUCCGCCAAGAUCCUCGACAUAGGCACCGGCCCUUAUCGUGCCCCCGAGGUCCUCUUCGGCCACGGCGCCUACGGUGCCCCAGUGGAUAUGUGGGCUGUUGGCGUCGUGCUGUCCGAGAUGGUACGCACCCCUGCUGAGCCUAUAUUCGAGUCGCGUCCGGCCCAUGAGGAUGGCAGCCAGCUCGGGCUGAUACUCAGCAUCUUCAAGACGCUGGGCACGCCUACGCCGGAGACGUGGCCUGAGGCACAGAACUUCAAGGUCACACCGUUUGAGCUUUGGACGGUGUUUCCUGCCAGGCCGUGGGAUGAGCUACUCCCUGGUGUUGGUGCCGACUGGAGAGAUCUGAUUGCUGGCCUUCUGCGUUUUGAUGCUAAGAGGAUGACGGCUGACGCUGCAUUGCAGUCUAGUUGCUUUUUUGAAUGA